ACCAUGGCAACUCUGGCAACACGUCUCUAGCAUUUAUCGGUUUAGUCGCCAUCUUUAAAUCGCGAACGUUUUGCUUUCCAAUACAACACAUCAAUUUUCCAAAUCCUUCAAAUAUACCUGAAUCUAGCACAAUUAUCUAAGUUUCAUUUAGAUAAAAGAUAAAAUGGCAGACAACGAAACUGAUCUUUUGGAUUACGAAGAGGAGGAACAGACUGAAACCGUUGAGGCAACUGAAAAUGGAGCUGGAGACAAGAAGUCCGGAGUCAAGGGAAACUACGUCUCCAUCCACAGUUCUGGUUUUAGAGAUUUUCUUUUGAAGCCUGAGAUUCUCCGCGCCAUCGGAGAUUGUGGUUUCGAGCAUCCUUCAGAGGUUCAGCACGAAUGCAUUCCUCAGGCUGUUCUGGGUAUGGACAUUCUGUGCCAGGCGAAGUCUGGUAUGGGUAAGACAGCUGUGUUUGUCCUGGCUACCCUGCAACAGAUUGAAAUGGUUGAUGGAGAGGUAUCUGUAUUGGUUAUGUGUCAUACGAGGGAGCUUGCUUUCCAGAUCAGCAAGGAGUAUGAACGGUUCAGCAAGUUUAUUCCUAAUAUGAAGGUCGGAGUUUUCUUCGGUGGACUUCCGAUAGCUAAGGAUGAAGCUGUUCUGAAGAACAAUUGUCCACACAUCGUGGUCGGUACACCUGGACGUAUACUUGCUCUUGUCCGAACCAAGAAGCUACCCAUCAAGAAUUUGAAACAUUUCGUCCUGGACGAAUGUGAUAAAAUGCUGGAGCAACUUGAUAUGAGGCGAGAUGUGCAGGAGAUUUUCCGGUCAACCCCUCACGAGAAGCAAGUGUGCAUGUUCUCUGCUACCCUCUCCAAGGAAAUCCGACCUGUCUGCAAGAAGUUCAUGCAAGAUCCGAUGGAAGUUUACAUUGAUGACGAGGCCAAGCUGACUCUUCAUGGUCUCCAGCAGCACUACGUCAAGCUGAAGGACAGCGAGAAGAACAGGAAACUGUUCGAACUACUCGACGUACUGGAGUUCAACCAGGUUGUUAUAUUUGUGAAGAGCGUGCAACGCUGCACUGCUAUGGCUCAGCUUCUGGUUGAGCAGAACUUCCCUGCCAUCGCUAUACACAGGGGAAUGAGCCAAGAGGAGAGACUCUCUAGGUACCAACAGUUCAAAGACUUCCAGAAGCGUAUUCUGGUCGCGACCAAUUUGUUUGGCCGAGGAAUGGACAUAGAGCGUGUCAACAUCGUGUUCAACUACGACAUGCCCGAGGAUACCGACACAUACCUUCACAGGGUCGCCAGGGCUGGAAGAUUUGGUACCAAGGGAUUGGCCAUCACCUUUGUCUCCGACGAGAGUGACGCUAAGAUCUUGAACGAGGUUCAAGAAAGGUUCGAGGUUGAUAUCACCGAGUUACCGGAGGAAAUAGAUCUAUCAUCAUACAUUGAGGGCCGCUAGUUCAGACGGAUACACCAAUAUUGUAAUACAACCAUUGCAUUAUACAAAUAUUGUAAUAACUGAAGGCAAAUUUGAAUGUAAAUUGAAUAUAUCUGUUUUCUAAAUCUA